ACUAAACAUCCAACUCUGUUUUAACUACUAAACUCGCUAUACCACACAUUUUUUUAGUAAGCACAAGGAAAAAAAAAGAUGGAAUCUACAGACAAAGUAGUGGAAACAGUGAUAGUAGGAAAUUAUGUUGAAAUGGAGAGUGAAGGAAAGCCUAAUAAUAAUAAUGACAUCAAAUCCAAAUUCUCUAAUUUAUUCUGGCAUGGUGGCUCUGCUUAUGAUGCUUGGUUUAGCUGUGCUUCUAAUCAGGUAGCUCAAGUGCUAUUAACACUACCAUACUCAUUUUCUCAACUUGGAAUGCUCUCUGGCGUUUCAUUUCAACUCUUUUACGGUUUAUUAGGCAGUUGGACUGCUUAUCUCAUUAGCAUUCUCUACAUUGAGUACAGAACCAGAAAAGAAAGGGAAAAAGUCGAUUUCCGCAACCACGUCAUUCAGUGGUUUGAAGUUCUUGAUGGAUUACUUGGAAAACAUUGGAGGAACGUUGGUUUGGUAUUUAAUUGUACUUUUCUUCUGUUUGGAUCUGUCAUUCAACUUAUAGCCUGUGCAAGCAAUAUAUAUUAUAUAAAUGAUAAUUUGGACAAAAGAACUUGGACUUAUAUAUUCGGAGCUUGUUGUGCAACUACUGUAUUCAUUCCAUCUUUUCACAACUACCGAAUCUGGUCUUUUCUUGGCUUAUUAAUGACCACUUACACUGCUUGGUAUCUUACUGUCGCAUCACUCCUUCAUGGCCAGGUAGAGGGAGUGAAACAUUCAGGUCCAACAAAAAUGGUUCUAUAUUUCACUGGAGCAACAAACAUUCUCUACACAUUUGGGGGACAUGCUGUUACUGUAGAAAUAAUGCAUGCUAUGUGGAAACCCCAAAAGUUUAAGGCAAUUUACUUAUGGGCAACUCUUUAUGUGUUAACACUGACCCUUCCAUCAGCAGCAUCAGUUUAUUGGGCAUUUGGUGAUUUGUUACUUGAUCACUCUAAUGCAUUUUCUCUUCUACCUAAAUCACCCUUCAGAGACAUGGCUGUCAUCCUCAUGCUCAUUCAUCAGUUUAUAACAUUUGGUUUCGCUUGCACACCAUUGUAUUUUGUAUGGGAGAAGGCCAUAGGCAUGCACGAAUGCAAGAGCAUGUGUAGGAGGGCAGCGGCGCGGUUGCCGGUGGUUAUUCCGAUAUGGUUUCUGGCCAUAGUUUUCCCAUUUUUCGGCCCUAUAAACUCCUCCGUCGGUUCACUCCUCGUUAGUUUUACCGUCUACAUUAUCCCGGCUCUUGCUUACAUGUUCACCUUUAAAUCCGCUGCAGCCCGAGAGAAUGCGGUAGAGCAACCACCAAAAUUUGUGGGACGUUGGGCUGGAUCGUUUACAAUAAACAUAUUUGUGGUGGUUUGGGUACUUAUUGUUGGGUUUGGAUUUGGUGGUUGGGCCAGUAUGACCAAUUUCAUACAUCAAAUUGACUCAUUUGGUCUUUUCACCAAAUGUUACCAAUGCCCACCUCCACCGGGGUCCCCGCCACCAUUCCUCCCUCAUGUUGGCGCUCCACGCCCAUCUCCGGCCAACAUCACUCACCAUCACCACCUAUGAGGUCGUCACGGAAAUUUAAAAAGGUUUAAAGGUUUGUUCGAUCCAAUAUUGGCAUGACGUUAUGAGUUGGAGAUGAAGAUGCAUGGGUUGUUUUGUGUAAAUUUGCGGAGUCACUACAAUCUAUUCCCUCCCCCAUAAUCCCAUGUCUUGAGUUUUGUUUUGAGAUUUGGGGAUUUGGUAAGUGUUGGUUAAUUAAUGUAGUAUGCAACAUAUUUCUAGAGAAGAUUUGCAACUUUUUCUUCUUAUUUUGAUAGAUUAUGCUUAGCUCUUUACUGGUGUAUGAUGUAAGGUUUGGUGGAGGGUAUGAAAUUCAAUUUCCU